UAAACCAACAAUAAUGGAGUUUUGCAUUGAUACUCUGCUCCCAACUAAUAUGCAUGCACAUUUGUUCAAUUUGUGGUAGUUAGACUUGUAAUUACUUGACUUGUUGAUUUGAUUGCUUAACUAUUGUAACUAUGGAUGGUGAACUAGAAGAGAUGUCUAGAGUUAGUAGUAGAGAAAGCAGCCACAAGGAUGUGGACACAUCAAGGAACAGCCUCAAAGUAGGCACCAAUAAACUCAACGUGAAAAUAAAAGACGAGAAAAAAAUUGGUUUCGAACGCGACGCGGAUUCAAUUGGCAGCACUGGCAGUACAGGAGACGGGCACCACAAGGUGCCAAACAAGAUCAUUGCCAAUUGGAGACAUGCAUGCGAUCGCACCCGGGAUAGGACCCGAGACUUACUCAAAAGAUGGAGGACACUACCCGAAUUUGAUCCAUCCGCCAGUUCGCCCACCGCUGGCGGCAGUGUGGGACAAAAGACAGAAAGUCUUCAGCGCGAAAGCGGCUGGAGUGUGCACGUCUGGACCACUUGGGUCGACCGCUUCAGCAUCGACAUGGAGACCGGCGUGAACGAAGGCCACUAUCAACUUACGCCGAUUCAGACGAAUAAAUUUUCACACUUCUUUCGAACUUUACUCGAUCACGAUCAGGACGAACUCAUCAGCGAACAGGACAUUGAGACUUUAGUCGAGCGUUUAAGACACUUUGCUGAUUGGGACACAUACUCCCCCGAGUACAACAUCCUGCGCGAAAUCGAACGUGGGUUUAUCGCGUCGUUCCUAACCGGCUUUGAUGAUGAAAAACUUGGAUUUCAAGUAAAUAAACAACCAUACCUGACCAUUGAAGGCUGGUUGUUCAAAUGGGCCCAGAUGAUCUCCGGCAGCAAGAAUUUAUCGGACUUCCCAGUCUGGCUGCAAUACUUCGUCAAGGUGCUCUUUCAAGUAAUAAACCGCAGCGGCAGCGGUAUAAUCACACGCGACGAAUUGAGCGCGUUUUAUUCUUCGGUGCUUUGUCUUGACACAACCAAAGUAGGCGAAAUCCUCGACGUCUCCUACCAGGCGAUGACAUCCAAUGGCGACCAUGCGCUCACGUUCAAAGCUUAUCGCCUCUGCUUCUCGAAUUAUUUGCUGGGCCGCUAUCCGAACGGCCCGGGCCAGUUCAUAUUCGGCGCGCCGCCACUCCCAAUGGCAUCCGCGCUCUUUCCCGUCGACUACUCGGCGCUGAACGCACAGCCAGAGGACCUGGAACAAUACGCGCCUGAUGGCAAGACAACACGACGUAGCGUCAUCGUCUAGUCUCAUUUUUUUUAGCUUUAGCAACGAUAUGGCUUAUCUUGUUUACCACAAGGCGAAGAGUAGACUUGUAACACCAACCGACGAUUGCGGAACUGUUUUCUUGGCACAUUUGUUAAUAUACAUAUCACUGAUUGUGCUAAGUGCGGCUAUUUUAAGUCUAAUAAUAUUUACUAGGUUUCCACACUCACAUGAUGAUUGUUUUGUACAGCAUUAACUCUAUGCUUUCAAACUGUUAAUAUGACAAUCUGUACACACGACCAUUUUGAACACACCACACGUGAACAACUUAAUUUGUUGACUUAAUGUAAAGUAAUAAAUGUUAACAACGAAUUAAAAAACCAAACAGAAAAA